GAAGUGGACAGAGUAUAAUCUUACGUCAUAUAUGUCACAGAUGUUAGUAAUUUUUUCUAUUGUUUACUCAUAAUGGUAGACAAAUGAUGUUAUUACGAAAUUUACGGAAAAGUGUAAUAAGACAUUGUUAAUUAAAUCGAUACUUUUUUUAGCUUAGAUGCUAAUAAUAAAAUGAUAAUGAGACGAUAAUAAUAAAUUAUUUCUACUCGCAUUAAGAUCUUUGAUUCCUAAAGGUUAUGUUUUCAAGCAGUUUAAGAAAAACGCCUAUAAUUUCUAAACAUCAUCGUUUUUACGAUGAGGACAGGUGGCAUGCUGGAUGCUCGUGAAUUUGGAAAACGAAUACGUCGUUUGAUAGAUGUUAAUUACUCUUAUCGUAAACUUUUAUUUUUCAUUCUUAUCUGCGGCGGCGUACUUUUAUAUUUUGGACCACAAUUUGCACAAUGGCUCUUCUCUACAGCCAGAGAACCAAUAGAAGCGUUCGAACAUCAUUGUAUGACUGAAAGAUUGUCUACUUUUUAUUUCGAUGCAGCAGAAUAUAAUGUAAAUAUACUUCAUAAUCCACCUUUGGAAAAAGAACAUCAAUACUUGCCAUAUAUUGGUAAUGGAGUAUUUGGUAUACCCGUCUCACCAGAGGGUUGGAUGUAUAUUAAACAUGGCAGAGCUUUAUUAUUACCUAUACAAUGGCAACCAUUAGUUUCUCAUCCUUUAUAUGAAAAUAGUUUUUAUAGUGAAGCUACUGUCACUCAUUUCACGACUGGAAUUGUUCAUAAGUAUCAAUGUCUCAGAGAAGGUUAUCACUUGAGUUUUCAAUAUUAUGCUCAUAGAGUUUUAGAUGCAAUAUUAGUGCAGGAUGUGAAAAUUGUUAAUCCUACAUCACUUUCUCAAGAGAUACCAUUGAAACCAUUAACUGCUGCACAUUGGGCUAAUUCACGAUUAGAAACUAUUAAGAUACAAGUGGAUGGUUUUAGUCAUGAGUAUAAUUUAAUAUCUGGAUUCAUUCCUCUAUCUGACUCAAAUAAAGUUAUUGUAAUAUCCAUAGUUUAUAAAGAUCCACCGAAAAUGAUACAAAUUAAAGCAAGGAGUACUAUAAAACUUGAAUUUCUUACAAGUAUACAAUACAGUGAACCAGUUUCAUCAGAACGAUAUCAUAUUGAAAGAGAUGUAACUAAAAGGAAAGCCAUAGACAUAUUAAAAAAAGCAAUAAUGCAACAACAGAAAAGUUUAAAAGAAGAACAUGUAAAAGUAUGGCAAAGUUAUUGGUCUACUGGUUUUAGAAUAAGUGAUUCUAAAGCUGCAGGAGCUAUUAAUGGUCAUAAAAUUAAUUCUACAAUGUAUUUGGUGCUUUCUCAAAUUCCACGAGGCCUUGUAGAUGUAGAAAAAAAAAUUGCAACUAACGAGGGUUGUUAUCAUGGUCAUCACACAUUAGAUGCUCCCAAAUUAUGGAAAGAUACUUCAUCAAUUGAUAGUGUAAAUGAGAUUGUCGAUGCAUGGUUAUUAACGUUAGAAAAACGAAGCUGUCAUCAUUUAAUGGUAGGAGGUCCUCCAGCAGUACAGCAAGCUAUUGUUUUAAGCCUUGGAGGCUUAAGAUUUACUAAUCAACAUCUGGAGUUUAAUAUCGAUCCGCAAUAUCUCCAUCGAGAUUACUUAUUUAGACGAAUAAGUUAUGGUAACGUAACUCAUGUAAAUAUAUCAGUAACAGUAGGAGAAGAUAAUCGUGCAAUUUUGGGAGUAGCCUUGGACAAAAGUGACAGCGUAUAUUUUGGAUGCGAUGCAGGUUGUUUAGAUGCACCAGUUUCUUUAAGUCAAACUUAUACAAAUUUUCCAGUAAAAUUAACUAAACCAUUGACUGCUAUACUUUAUAUAACAUCUGAUUAUCAACACAUGCAAGAUUUACGAAAUGCUUUACAUGUUCAUGCUGUAGACGAUGCUCCAGCUCACGAUCAUCACGUAAUGGCUUUACAUAAGCAUGGUCAUCAACUUGGAGGUUUACCUACUCUUUUCUGGAUUAGUAUAUGUUUUCUCAUCAUUGUUUUUCAUUUAUUCCUUUGUAAACUAAUAAUGAACGAAUAUUAUGGUCAUCAAGAUCGACAAAAAGUACGAUAUAAUAAACCUUAAACAUUGUA